AUGUAAAAAAAAGUAAUUAAAAAGUCUUCUACAGUCAAAUAAUUUGAUGCAGCAUCUCCAGCAACCAAAUUACUUGAAAAAAGAAGAAAGAUGUAUGAAAUACAUGAAGCUUAUGAACAUUAAUAAGAUGAAUAUAAGAAGUAUAAAAUUCUAUAAGGUUUUUUAUUAGACAAGAAGAAGAAUUUAAGAAAUAAGAGGAGUAAAUAAGAGAGAAGGAUAAAUAAAUUUAGGAGGAACUUAUAAAGUUUUGUAAUUUUCUUUAAGAGAAUGAGGCAAAGAAAAAGAGAGCUUUGGUUCGUUUUUAAGAGGAAAAAUCAUAUAAGGAAUAGAAGGAGAAAGAAAUAUAAGAUUUAACUGCAUAAUGGACUGAUUUGCAAAGACAUUAAUAGCGAUUAGAAAAGAAAGGUAAGGAAUAAAAGUUCUUAUGUCUUAAGUUACAUCUUUAAAGAAGUAUGAAGAUUAUUUGGAUAGUAUCAUAAAGUAAUAUCCAGAGUAGUAUCAUGAUUUGUAAUCAAUUUUGGAUAGAUAUGCAACAUUGACAAAUUCUAAUUCAAAGUUGGUAGAAGAACAUUAGAAUAUGGAAAAGGAAUUUGAGAAGUUAAAAUAUGAAUCAACUUAAUAUGAGAAGGAGAAAAAUCAUGAGAUUCUUCAAUUAAAUAAUGAUAUUAAAGAUUUAUAAAAAAAGUUAGAAGAGAAAGCAGCAGAGAGAAAUUAAAUAUAAAGUGUUUAUGAAGCUACAACUAAUGAUGCAUCAUCUAAAAAUUUAAGUUUAGGUAGAAUUUUAAUGGCAGUUGAUAAUUUAUUUACGCGUUGUUAAGAAGGAACAUAAAGAAUGAAGUAAGAUUUCGAAGAGUACAAAUAAGAUAAAUAAAAUAAAGAAAAAGUAAAGGAUAAAAUUACAAAUAAUAAAAUAUAGAGUUAGGACUUAUAAUUUAAUGAUGAGGAUAAUUAUGAAUUAAAAAGUAUAUAAUUAUAAUAUUUAAAAUAGGUUAAUAAGCAGCUUGGAAAUUAAAAUAAAUAGUUUAAUUUAUGUCAGAUUUUAAAAAAAUAAUAGAUAAUUGUAAAGGAGAAUUAGGGAAAUGGAAAGAGUAGAAAAUAAAAUGA